UGCUUAUUACCCUGUAACAUAUGUGUAAAUAUACUCGUUAAAUGUGUGUUUUGGGAGAAUUAUUUAUUGGAUUUGCUGACCUAUACUAAGUGGACAGAUACUUCCAAUGGUAUUUCAGUUUAGUCUACUCUCCCUUUCCAUAGCCCUACACUUAUAUCAGCAGUAAUUGUAUAAAAUAAUAAUGAUUUGCUUUUAAAACUAGACAUUGUUACGUUUUAAGACAGAGACCCGCGAGCAUUUAAUAGCCAAAGGGAUUGAUUUAUCCUUUAUUGUUCAGCCUUUAUGAUCACGUGCGCUCGUCACCCAAUCGAAUGGCAGUCUUGCUUCCCAACUAUUAGUUGACUGUAGAUCUUUGUGGUGCCAAGUUGCUAUACUUGAUUUCUUCAGAUUGUUAUUUUGUAAAAGUCGGGUUUAGUGCUUGUGUAUGUGUGUGGUGUGUGUGGCACGCGUGUUUUUGUAUGUAUCUGUGUAUGUGUGGGUACAUGUGAAAGUCUCUUUUGUCAUGUCGACAUCUGGAACGUUGACUAGCUACUACGUCGACUCCCUCAUCUUGCCGGAGAUCGAGGAGCUGUCCGCGCCCAGAUACACCUCCGGUCAGGGGGGGCUCCAGCAUGCGAGGCAGCUCACCUCGCUCACCGAUCACACCGAGCUUGGGCCCUGCACCUUCCCGACGAAAGCUCCGGUCUUCAGCCCGUCCUGGGGCAAUGUAUCGACCCAGUUUCCAGGUGCCGUGUCAUCCGUGUACCACCACCCGUAUGGGCAUCACCAAGGCCCGGCUCCAGGCGACUUGGAGGGUCGCUACAUGCAGUCCUGGCUGCUUGAGCCCAUAUCAGGGUCCUUGCCCUUGACCGGAUUACCAACGAGUCAUCAUUACGGGAUCAAACCGGAGAGCCUGGGCGCACGAGUGGACAGCGCGCUGCCUGGAUCCCAUACCGCACUGCUCCUGUCCGACUUCACCAACGGGACAGUUGUGACGGCGUCCCCGGUGGACAAGAACACACUACCUGGCCAGACCGCAAACCUGAACGGGGAGGUAGAGGAGAAACCGGCCCUCGAUCCAAAUAACCCGGUAUCUAACUGGCUCCACGCAAGCGCCACGAGAAAAAAGCGCUGUCCAUACUCCAAGCACCAGAUCCUUGAGCUGGAAAAAGAGUUCCUCUUUAACACGUACCUCACGCGGGACCGUAGGUUCGAGGUCGCGAGGCAGCUCAACCUUACUGAGAGACAGGUCAAAAUCUGGUUUCAGAACCGCAGAAUGAAGAUGAAGAAAUGUAAUAAAGAUUGUGGACCAAAAAAUGAUUUAUAGGUACCUAUGACUCAUUGAACGAGAACGUAAAAAAUAUCACAAAAAGGGGAUAUAUGUGAAAAUACUGUCUUUUUUAGAAGUCGUCUUAUUGUUUUAUUCCAAACAGAAGCUGUUAUGUGUCUUGUAAAAAGCAUGUCAGGCUCACCUCGUCGGUUUGAUGCAACUACCUUUAUAUUGCACAAUUUAACAGUGCGCAUCAUUUGUUGUUAUUGUUAUUAGGAUGUUAAUUAAUUAAGGCCUCGGCUGCAAGUGUCAUUGUGUAACACGAGUAUUAGUAGGCCUGUUCUCUGUGCUCAUUUGUGUAUGGAUGUUUAUAGCUAUGUGUGUGUUCUCUGGUUUGUAGAUAUUUGUAUUUCCGGUUCAAAUGAAUUUAGUUUUAAAUGUGAUUAAGUUUUUGUUGUUGUUGCUGUCAUUAUUUCAGUUACUGGUAACGUUGAUUCAUGAUCUAACGUUGGAGUGAUCGACUAACGUCUGGCUGCUAACGUCUGGCUGCUAAGCUGCUAACGUGAUGGUAGCAUUUUGAAGGGGGUGCAUGAGUAUCGAAAGCCUUUUUAAAAUGCAUAUAGGCCUAUUGAUACUAUUCAUAGAAGGUACAUAACAAUCAUUUUGUGUUGACUACCUAGACGUCUCUCAACUACCUAUAAUUGCAAGACCUAUAAUUGCAAGAGCCUAUUUCAUUUUUACCUGACUCCGUUGUGAAGAAACAUAACGCUUGUAUAGGAAACUAUGUCUGAAUUUCAGGGAGUAACAUUUAGAGGACAUAUUGGAGAGAGGACAUUUUAAAAACACUGUAGGCUACGUAAUGAAUACCUCAUGGUCUGGAGACGUCGGUUCUCAAAUGUAAUUUGUACUUUAUUUAUUGAAUAAAACAAAUUAUAUCUGCGAAUGCAGCCACAUUGAAUUCUUAUCAUUUGUUGUG